AUGUCAACCUACAUUGACUCUUUCCAGCCAAGCAACUAUGCACCCCUUCCCAACGACGACCCUGUUCUCCUCCCCCCCGAAUCCGACGAGGACAUCACAGCACAUAGCCGCCUGCUCCCUUCCCUUCAAACGAACGCGGAUUCUGGAUUGAAAGUCGCUGAAGACUCAUCGUACACUUACAGUUAUGGCCCUCCCGGCCUGGCCGGACUGUGGCACAACUACUACGCGUUCUUGUGUGCGGUCUUCGCGUCCAUAGGCGGGCUGAGCUUUGGGUAUGACCAGGGUGUGAUUGCCAAUGUACUUGUAAUGGAGGACUUUGUGGGCCGAUGGCCAAUAACACCGCUGCAGAAAGGCGCGCUCACUGCUGUUCUUGAAUUGGGCGCCCUUGUUGGCGCUCUCACGUUCGGAGUUUUGGCCGACAGAUACUCCCGCCGACAUUCCAUCUUCAUCGCCUGUGUCAUAUUCAACAUCGGCGCGCUCUUCCAAACAUUCGCGCGAACACUCGUAGACCUUUUUAUUGGUCGCGCUGUUGGCGGCAUUGGUGUCGGCGCUCUAAGCAUGCUUUCACCACUUUAUAUAUCGGAAAUCAGUCCGCCCGAAGUACGCGGCUCGCUCAUUGCGCUCGAACAAUUUUCGAUUGUCCUUGGAGUUGUUGUCGGAUUCUGGAUUGGGUUCUUCACGCGAAAUAUCCCAGGUUCGGCGUCAUGGAGGAUUCCGCUUGGUGUCCAGAUCGGCCCCGGAGUCCUUCUAGCUUGCGGAGCGUUAUUCCUUCUUCCCGCUUCGCCCAGAUUGCUUGUGCUGAAAGGCAAAUACGAUGAAGCAGAAGCUAGUUUGCUCAAGCUGCGCGGUCGCGAUGACGCGCUUACAAAGAUCGAGCUUCUCGAAAUGCGUGUCGAAGCAGCAUUGAUUUCUCAAUCUGACUCGGAUUCGCCUAAACCCGAAUGGAGCGGAAUCAAUGCACUACUCUAUUACGGUCCUACCCUUGUGAAGAGUAUCGGGCUCAAAGGCGAAACUAUCUCGUUGAUUGUUUCUGGCGGAAUUGGAAUUGUCCAGUUCAUUGCUGUUGGACCCGCUGUCAUCUACAUCGACCGAGUUGGACGCAAGCCUUUGUUAAGAGGUGGUAGCUCGUUUAUGGCGGCUUCUCAUCUCAUCAUUGCUGUCCUCGUAAUGCAAUUCCAAUCAGACUGGAGCUCGCAUGCAAUAGCCGCAUGGACCGCUGUUGCUGCAAUCUAUACAUUUACGUUUGCAUACGGCGUCUCGUUUGGACCCAUUGGAUGGGUCCUCCCGAGCGAGGUCUCCCCGUUGUCGAUGCGCGGCCGUGGCGUGGCUCUAUCGACCGCCUCCAACUGGAGCAACAACUUCUUCAUCGGGCUCAUAACACCAAUUAUGAUGGAAUACUCACCUGCCGGGACGUUCCUCACCUUCGCCACAGCCUGCUUCGCGGCCUAUCUGUGGGCCACAUAUACGGUGCCCGAAACAGCGGGCGUGACACUCGAAGAUAUGGACCGUGUGUUUGGCGGGGACGCGGGAAGAGAGGACCGGGUCAGGCGGAGAGAGCUUGAGGAGGAGAUGGGGCUGCAUGCGGUGGUGAUGGAGCUGGCUAGAAGUAAUGCAUUAUAA